CCCUUCCCUCCCAAAAUGUCCGACAAUUAUUCAUAUAUAUAUAUUAGCCUCUAUAAACUUUCAUCGAUCGUAGCUACUGUCGCCACUAUCGUCUCGACUCCUCUGUUGGGGCAGUUGGGGCUCGAUUCGACCAACAGCCAACAGCUGUACGAGAUUUCUUCUUACUCCCGUCAUCAACAAAUAAUCACUUUUAAGGUUAUACAUUAUAUAAUCAUGGGCCAUGGUCAUCACGACCCCAAUCCAGGAUGGAAAAUACCAGAUGCAUCGGUCUACAAAUUAGAGGAUGCCCCAUAUUUAGUACGUUUGCAAGAAGAGUUUGCGAAAAAGGGGUUGAAAGAUCCAUGGGCAAGAAACCAUAUAUGGAAAUAUCACCCUAAAUAUGGAACGAUAACUUCUCGAUGGUUCACAAUGUUAUUCCGAGGAUUCAGAGUAGGACUUGCAGCGUUUAUUGUGACUCUUGGAGUGGAAAGAGCCCUUGGCAUCAAAGAUUAUCAUCCCCAUGGUCAUGAUGACGAAGAACACGGCGAGGGGCAUGGUGAACAUCAUUAGGAAUUGUGAGAAAAUAAAAAAUUCUAAAUCCUUUUUUUCCACAAUGAAAAACAAAUCAAUAUUGCUUAGUACCAUUUAAAUUAUGAUCCAAAUAAACUGCAUUGUUAGCGGGUAAAAGUGACACAAGUCUGUCCUCAUGCAUAGAGGAAAAAUAAAAAGUUCUCGUAACAAA